UCCCAUCAGGACUUGUGUUUUGGUUAUGGAGAUCUGUCAAAAUUUCGGAUAUUUUUCUGGAUAAAACGAUACACAUGUAACAAAACUGUUUAAAAGGAUUUAGCAAUUACAGUUUAGAAGAUGUCAAGCAUGGAGGAAUCUUAUGUCAACUUCCAGCCGCCCCCAGAAGCACCGGUUUUCACUCCGACUGAAGAAGAAUUUGCAGAUUCUCUUGCGUAUAUCGCGAAAAUAAAACCUAUUGCUGAGAAAUAUGGCAUAUGCAAAAUUAAACCACCAAAGGACUGGCAACCACCAUUUGCUGUUGAUGUUGACAAGUUCCGGUUUGUGCCCAGAGUUCAAAGAUUAAAUGAACUUGAGGCAAAGUCUCGAAUCAAGCUGAAUUUCCUGGACCAGUUGGCAAAGUUUUGGGAGCUACAGGGCAGUACACUGAAGAUUCCUCAUGUCGAGAGAAAACUGCUGGACCUUUAUGAACUGUACAAGACGGUUGAGGGUGAGGGUGGUAUGGAGCAGAUAUCGAGAGAGCGUCGUUGGAGCCAGGUGGCUGCCAAGAUGGGUUAUGAAACUGGAAAAGGAGUUGGGGGAACCCUGAAAAACCACUAUGAGAGGGUUCUGUUUCCCUACUUCCUGUUCAAGACCGGCGCCUCAUUGGAAGCUGCGAACCUGAAAAUCCCUGAUGAUAUAGAUAACCAGACUGACGCCGACUAUAAACCACACGGCAUUCAGGCAAGGAUGGAGAGUGGGAGCUAUAAACGAGUGCCAAAGAUGGAGAGAAUGGAGAAAAAGGAAACAAAACAAGAACCAGUGGUUGACUACACUAAAAAUCCAGAGCUAAAAAAGCUUCAAUUCCACGGUGCCGGACCAAAGGCAGCCAUUCCAAAAGUGGAAGAUGAGGAGGAUGAAGGUAUUGGCGAAAUGGAAACUACAGUUACUACUAGCGAGCCGAACAUACCCGAGGAAGAGAAGCCAGAGGUGAAAGACAGCAAGAAGAUGAAGACCAGAAACAAAGCCACCAACCCAGGAAUAUACACUUAUGUUGACAUGUACUACUGCCACACGUGUGGGCGCGGGGAUGGUGAGGAGUACAUGCUGUUGUGUGAUGGUUGUGACGAUGCCUUUCACACAUACUGUCUUAUACCACCUCUAUCAGAGAUCCCUAAAGGGGACUGGCGGUGCCCAAAGUGCAUUCAGCAGGCAUGCAGUAAGCCAAUGGAAGCCUAUGGAUUUGAGCAGUCCAAGAGGGAGUUCUCUCUCCAGUCAUUCGGAGAAAUGGCCGACAACUUUAAAAGCAACUACUUCAAUAUGCCAGUACAUAUGGUGCCAUGUGAGAUGGUGGAAAAGGAGUUUUGGCGUCUUGUGAACAGCCUAGAGGAAGACGUUGCUGUCCAGUAUGGGGCUGAUAUACAUGCUAUGGACCAGGGCAGUGGUUUUCCUACCCGAGGUCUGAAGGACCAGUUUGCUGAUGAUGAGGAGUACAUGAGUUCAAGCUGGAAUCUGAACAACCUGCCAAUCCAGGAGGCCUCCGUUCUGUGCCACAUCAAUGCUGACAUUUCUGGCAUGAAGGUGCCAUGGUGUUAUGUGGGGAUGUGUUUCUCCAGCUUUUGCUGGCAUAACGAGGAUCACUGGAGCUACUCCAUCAACUACCUGCACUGGGGAGAGCCAAAGACAUGGUACGGUGUAUCGGGCCAUGAUGCGGACAAGUUUGAGGAUGUUAUGAAGACAUUAGCCCCGGAAUUGUUCCAAAACUCCCCUGAUUUGCUACAUCACAUCACAACCAUCAUGAACCCUAAUAUUCUUAUGUCCAAAGGGGUGCCGAUUGUGCGCACGAACCAGCAUGCGGGAGAGUUUGUUAUCACAUUUCCCCGCGCCUACCAUGCUGGAUUCAACCAAGGCUACAAUUUUGCUGAGGCUGUAAACUUCUGUCCAGCAGACUGGCUCCCAAUUGGCCGUAAGUGUAUUGAGCACUACCGUGACCUGCACAGACAGUGUGUGUUCUCCCACGAGGAGCUGGUGUGCAAGAUGGCUGCCGACCCAGACAAUCUGGAUUUCCAGAUAGCAGCCAUGACACAUCAAGAUCUACUUGACAUUGCAGACAAUGAGAAGAAAAUGAGGAAGAAAUUGUUGUCACUGGGAGUGACAGAGGCUGAACGCGAGGCAUUCGAGUUGUUGCCGGAUGAUGAAAGACAGUGCUCCUUUUGUAAAACCACCUGUUUCCUGUCAGCUAUCACUUGUCCAUGUUCACCAGACCGCCUGGUUUGCCUGAUUCACUAUAACCAGCUGUGUAGCUGCCCGCCCAGCCAAUAUUGUCUGCGGUACCGCUACACUCUAGAUGAACUCCCGUCCAUGUUGGGACGACUUAAGGAGAGGGCAGAGUGCUAUGAGAAAUGGCAUAACCAUGUGACACUCGCACUAGAGGCAUCUGAUGAUGACAAUAAAGUUGAUUUAUCCGAGUUGAAGAACCUUCUAAAUGACGCUGAAGAGAAGCAUUUCCCUGACUCUGAGUUGAUGCAGACGCUAAAUAGUGCCGUUACCGAGGCCAUGAAAUGUGCCAACGUCGCAAGCCAACUGGUGACAAAGAAAGUUAGAACUAGAAGACAGAGCAUGGAUGGGAAAUACAUUGCCAAGUUAAGUCUGGAAGAAUUAAACUGCUUCUACGAACAAGUGGCGAGUCUACCAUGUAUUAUCAAGGAGGGAAAACUGCUUAAGGAGUUGCUAGACCAAGUUCUUAACUUCCAAUCUGAGGCAAAGGAAGCCCUAGAAGCUGAAACUCCGGACUCGAUCAAGCUAGAACACCUAAUUGAGUUUGGAUCUACACUGGAUGUAGACUUACCCGAGAUGCCAAAAUUAAAACAAGUUCUACAGCAAGCCAAGUGGCUUGACGAGGUCCGUGAGUCCCUCUCCGACCCUACGUCAGUCGUCUUGGAGACCCUGCGGAAGCUUAUGGAGUCAGGUGUUGGCCUCUCCCCCCACAAUGCAGUCGAAAAAGCUAUGGCCGAGCUACAGGAAUUGCUCACGCUCAGUGAGAGAUGGGAAGAGAAGGCUAGGAUCUGUCUUCAAGCCAGACCUCGCCAUGUAAUGAGCACAUUGGAAGCCAUUGUAAACGAGGCGUCUAACAUUCCCGUCUACCUACCAAAUGUCCACACCCUGAAAGAGGCUCUACGCAAGGCAAAAGAUUGGACGACCAAAGUUGAAGCCAUCCAAAACUCUGACUCCUACCCCUAUCUGGACAUAGUGGAAAAUCUCGUGAACAAGGGCCGACCGAUACCAGUCCGCCUCGAUCAGUUGCCACAGGUGGAGUCCCAGGUUGCAGCGGCAAAAUCAUGGAGAGAGAGGACGGCACGAACAUUCCUGAAGAAAAAUUCUACCUAUUCUCUGCUUGAGGUCUUGUCACCAAGAAGCGACAUUGGAAUAUACAGCAGCAACCGUAAGAAGAAGAAACUGCGAGAAUUGGAGCGUAGCAUUUCAGAGAACAGCUUGUCAGAGGUGAAGAUUGUGGAACAGAGGGAUCCUGCUCUCAUUGUUGCAGCAUUCAAGAUGGCGGAGGAAAAGGAAGCGGAAUCCAUGAUGGAUCUCCGGAUCAGAAAUAUGGAGAAGAUCCGUAAUGAAGGAAUGGAGGCGCGAUUCUGUAUCUGCAGAAAGGGAGCUUCAGGAUUCAUGCUACAGUGUGAACUCUGCAAGGAUUGGUUUCAUGGUGCAUGUGUACCCCUUCCAAAGUCAGCAAACAUCAAAAACCGUUCCUCACAACUGGCUGCUGUACAGGCUGCCAAAGAUCUCAAAUUCCUCUGUCCACUUUGCCUGCGAUCCCGUCGACCUCGCCUAGAAACCAUCCUCUCACUGCUUGUCUCCCUGCAGAAACUGCCAGUCCGCCUACCUGAGGGCGAAGCAUUGCAGUGUCUGACUGAACGUGCCAUGGCAUGGCAGGAUAGAGCUCGACAAGCUUUAACCACAUCUGAACUUGCCUCAGCCUUAGCCAAACUAAGCGUCCUCAGUCAAAAGAUGGUUGAACAAGCUGCAAGGGAAAAAACUGAAAAAAUUAUCAAUGCUGAACUUCUUAAAGCUGCCAAUAAUCCAGAAUUACAAGGACACCUUGCUAGUGUGACUCAUAGUGCAUUCAGCAGGAGUGGAGGAGGAGACGGCCAGCCUGGUCAAAGGACUGCCGAUUCAGGAAUAGGUAUAGACCUUGAGAGUGCCCUGGACAUGCCCCUCUCCCCACCUUUGCCCCCUGGGGAUGAUUCCCAGGGAGGGGAGGAGGAUUACCAACUAGAAAUCGAGGUUGUGAGUUCUGGAGAAAACAGCAAUAGCAACCCUCCGACUGGUGGCAUGUCAGAGCAUGCAUAUUCUACAAUGUCCAAACUGGCACCAGGAGUAACAACACCAAAGAAGCAACAACGGAAGACACCAUUGUUACCAAGACAACUAGAAAACCCUGUACUGGAGCUAUCCGACCAGGCCAAGGUCCAACUGGAGAUACUGAUGAUGGAGGGGGAUUUGUUGGAAGUUUCCCUGGAUGAAACCCAGCAUAUCUGGAGGAUCUUACAGGCCUGCCAGCCAAGGACGGAGGAGAAAGGGGUGGUUGAGUAUGAGGACUAUGAAACAAAGAUUGGCUAUGACGGGGAAAGAAUCAAGAUCAAGAAAGAACGAGACCCAGAAAAGAAGAAGUACAAAAUCAAGCGUAAAACCCUGGAGGGUAUUGACCCGCUUAAGCCCAAGAAGGUCAAGGUCAUUACUGUGGGGCUGGAUGGAGAGAAAUUAAAGAAGAAGAAACUGAAGGUCAUGAAGCCAAAGAUAAAGAGAGAGUUUGAUGAGAAUGGAAUGGAGUUUGAAGAGAUCAUUCCCACUACAGAGGAGUUGACUGGGCCGCUGUGUAUUGACAUCAAGCCAGAUAAGCUGAAGAAACUGAAGAAGCCAGGAGACAAGCUGGACAAACCCAGGAAGAAGAAAAAGAUCAAGCUUCCGGUGAAGGUGGAGGAUGGUCAAGUGGUUGAGAAGAAGAAGAGGAAGAAGCGUACGCCCAAGGAGGUGAUGAUGGCCGACGAUGAUGAAAGCGAUGAGGACUGUGCUGCUCUCAAAUGUCUUAAACCCACCGGAGAGGUGAACUGGGUCCAAUGUGACCGAUGUGAAGACUGGUUUCAUCUGCUGUGUGUCGGUCUGGCAGAGGACGAAGUUUCUGAAGAGGAAGAGUAUGAAUGUUUCAACUGUAAGCAGGGGCGGGGCCAACAGGCCGUCCUGGUACCCCCCGGGAUGGGUGCAGAGCAUGGGUCAAUGCACAUGCAAAGGUCGCCAGGGUCACUAGGGUCAGCCCUUGGGGGAAUUGGGGGCAAGGGAGUCAGCAGUAUUUUUGGGGUCUCAGAGCAGAUCCAAAGCCAAGGACAAAUUGUACACAGUACUGGAAGGAAUAUCGCAGGAAUGCAUAAUUUUGCCGCAGAUCUUGGGGCAUUGAGGGAUUUGAGUGAAGUAGCGAGUGGAGUGAUUGAGAACAGAUUGUCGUUGCAGGAUAAUGGUAGUUUGAUGUGCAAUGAAGAUGUUGAGAUUUCUAUGGAUGAUGACGAUGAGGAGGAGGAGGAGGAGGAUGACAAUGACGAUGAUGAAUGUAAUCAGGUAUCAGGAAGUUAUGGACAGGCUAUUCACAGUGGGAAGAGUGUUGGUGAAUUAUCAGGUCUUACAAAGGUCACGCAAUUUGUGUAUGAGACAGACGAAAGUUCACAAGAUGAAGUAAAAUCCUCGUAUUCUAUUGGUGGAAAUAGUGUAGACUCUCAGAGUGAGCAAGUGGUUACCAUGGGAACUGACAUCUAGUGAAAUGGGGAAAAAAACAGGAUAUAAUAUUUUUGCAAUGUUUACUUUGAAGAUAUCAUCAUGUUGUACAGAGCAUUGAUUUGUGUCUGUUUCUUGUGCUGUAUAAUCGAUUUUGUACAUAACAAAGUAUGAGUUAGCCGGUUUUUUUAACAGUACCAAUUGUGGGACAGAUUGGAACAUGUUUAAAGACAUAAUUCCAAGUAGUAAUGCAUGUUUUUGUUUUUGAUAAGUUUGCAAUUUGUAUUAUUUGGUUAAGAUCAACAUUUGUUUGGAAAAAUACAGGAGGAUAACAUAUACUUUUAUAAUAUACAGAAGUUGAAGGAACAUGUCAAGUUUCAUUACUCUUUCUAAAUACAUAACUUCCUUUUUUAUUGCACCUAAAAUUUAACUGGCGAAAACACAUGUUUGAGGCAAAGAUCUUUUAAGAUUAAAGCCUAUUUUCUGUAAGACUGAAGCUUUUCCCAUAACUUAAAAUUUUGAAGCUUUGUAAAAAUGUGCGUGUUAAGUUAUUGAUAUUUUAUCUGAGUUACCUUUGAGUUUGUUUUCGUGUAGAUGUAAAUUUUGUGUUUUUUGUUACUUUUCAGUCAUUUUUGUGAAUAUCGAUAUUUUAUACUACUUGUAAAGUGUUGUAUUUUUUGUUUAGGUCAGCAUAUUAAAGUCAUUUUAAAGAAAUCCCAGCCUUACAUAUGUGAAAUUUGGUUUGACUGAAUGACCCCAUUUUAUGUCAGUAUCACUUACAGGGGUUUUGAGGGCAAAAAAAGAAAUUGUUAAAAGAGCGUUUACUGAAACAGUUUUUUCAUGUUUUUAAAGAUGGGUCAGUUUACGUCCGAUUUAAGUAAAAUAAAAAGAAAAUUUACAAACCUUUAUAACUUUAAUGUACUUAUGGUAUUUUUUUAACAAGUAAUCAGCCAUGAAAUAAUACUACAAUUAUAUGGGGACACCAGUCAACAUCUAACAAAGAGGAUAAAGGAGCUAGAUUAUUUGUGGGUCUGACUCCUUAAAACCUGAUCAUCGUACAAACAACUUGGGGAAUGAGAGGGGUCUUGUGGUAUGUAUGUCAUCUCUGAACCAAGAGGGUUGUGGGUCCGAACCCCUCCAAGGAAACAUUCUUUAUUCUUUCAAAGUAGACACUAGUACUGGUUUCUUCCUAUAGAGAUUUAUAUUAUCUAACAACUGUCUUCGGCAUCCAGCUUAAAUGUAUUAUCAACUUGCGAUGAUAUCACUAAAUUAAAGUGGAAUAGCAAAAGCUUUCCUUUUCUCUGGAAAUGAGGUCAGGGACAGUUUUCUCUCCAUUACCAAAACACAAUUUAUUAUGGUAGAAAUGUUCUAAACUAAAAGCAGUUUAGUACUAGAAGUACUUGUAAUAUUUGAAGUGAUACAUGUAUGAAUAUAUAUCAUACGAUCUUAAAACUAUUACAAUACAGACAGUUUUUAAUCAUACACUGAGUUACAUGUAUUCCCUAUAAUAUUAAGACUCAUUAUGAUCAUAUUUUUAGAACAACAAGUAUUGAAUACUUGAUUUCCAUUACUCCAGUUCCCAUGAAACUUGUUCAACAAGUUCAACACCAUUUGUAUCUAUAAGAUCUUUAAACAAGUGUCAUAGUUUAUAAGUAACUUUUGUAUUGGGUGACAGUUAAUGAUAUUCAUUAAUGAUUUGUACAGAAAAUUGUUAUUGAAAUGUGCUUACUUUUCAUCGUUAUUUAUAUCCAUUUCAUCACUAUGUUUUCCUUCUUGCAAAUUUUGUUUCAAAUUUCUAUCGUUUUCAUUUAUUUCAUUUAAAUAACAGAAUAGACACACACCUCCAUAAGUUUCAGCUUUCACUUAGUGCUUAAAUUUCAUUGUUGUUUAUAAUUGAAUAUUAUUUUGUCUGUACAUGGUUUGAUGUCAAUAAAAUAAUUUCAUCUGGUA